AGAACAACUUAUCUUUCAUGAUGUACAAGUUUUUUCAGCGUAUUUCUCAGUAAUUGCUCUGAAACUGAUUAUGCUAUAUUCAAUGGCCAACAGCUCCGGUCUCGGGCUAGUAUUUAUAUGGAUCGUUCAUCGAAACAUUUAACAAUCCAGCCAUCUCCAAAUUGAACCUGAAAGUAGCUAGGUGUUUUGCUGUUUCAAUUUUCAAUCAGAUUAUCGGAAAAUGGGGGAUGAAGUGAAGUUGUAUGGCGCUGGAGGAAGUCCGUUCGUUUGCAGAGUGAAAUUCGCUUUGAAGAUGAAGGGAAUCAAGUACGAAAACUUCGAAGAAGAUAUCUCCAACAUGAGUGCCGACGUUUUGAAGUAUAAUCCUGUUCAUAAGAAAGUACCGGUGCUGCUGCAUAACGGAAAUCCGAUCGCAGAGUCUCUUGUGAUCGUGGAGUACAUCGAUGAUGUCUGGAAAGAGGUUCCGAUUUUGCCUCAGGAUCCUUAUGAGAGGUCUGUUGCUCGAUUUUGGGCCAAAUUCAUUGAUGAUAAGUGCAACCCUGCAGCAUUCAAGGUUUUUGGCAGCAAUGGAGAUGAGCAGGUUAUUGCGGAAGCUUGUGAGCAACUGCAAAUGCUAGAAAAUGAACUCAAAGUCAAAGGUACGAAGUUUUUUGGAGGUGACAACAUUAACCUGGUUGAUAUUGCUGCUGAUUUCAUAGCCUAUUGGCUUGGAACAAUCGAAGAAGUAACCGAAAUAACGUUUUUCACAAAAGACAAGUUUCCAAAACUCACCGAAUGGGCUGAUGAGUUUGUCAACUGUCAAGUUGUGAAAGAAAUCUUACCUCCAAGAGAACUCCUGCUUGAAUUUUUCAAGAAACGAUAUGGUAAGGCAUAAUGAUAUAUGUAGCCGUUAUAUACUGUAUAAAUCUUGUUGCUUUGUUAGAAUUUUAUGUGUUUAACAUCCAUUGACGUUGGAAGAAGCUUGCCUUUGUGCUUAACGAAGUUGAAGUGUCUGUAACAUCCAUGGUUGUUGCAAUGAGCAGCUCUUAUGUCUGUUGUCGUUUUGUAAUAUGUAGUUUGCACACUUUUUUUUUUCGAUGUUGAGUGUGAGUCUUUCUUAUGUUGUGAUAUGGAAAAUAUAUCGAUGGAGGGUUGCUACAAAAAUAUUUUUCUAUUCAGUUACUACAAAAAUAUUGUUCUAUUCAGUCA